AGCAGGAGGAAGGGAAGAGCCACCAGGAACAACGUCAAGUAACACGAUCAAAGGCAGUAGUAUCAUUAUAGGAAGAAGAUAGCCACCAUUUUGAAGAUGAACAUGCAAACUGGGAAACAAGAGCAGGCCUAUGUUGAUUCUGAAGGCGCAGUUCUCGGAACCACUGGAGGGCCCAACCAUGCUUACUUUAACGAUAUGCUUUCACCUUAUUUUGCUCCGUAUGGCAUUGAUGUCUCACAUUUCCCCUUGACGAACCCACCGAUCUUUGAGAGUGCCAUGAUGAUGAACGGGCAAGGCCAACCACGCCGUCGUAUCUCCAUAUCGAAUGGGCAAAUUGGUCAGAUUAUCGAUCACGCUGAUGAUGGCUUUAGCGAUUCCACUGUAAAGUCUCAGGAUGACGUUGGCUUUGAAAGCAAUACCCUGGCGGUGGAGCAGCAAAGUAGGGUCCCAUCACAGAUGCAAGUGCUUCAAGGUGGCCAGGCUCAGGUUGUACCAUCUGUACGCUUGCCUUUACAGCAGCAGAUUCCUCAGCAGGUGCUUUUGCAACAGCAGCAGCAACGGCUCCCCGUCCAACAACAAGUGAUACCUCAAGGACAGUCACUCCCAGUUUCACCGCUAACACAGUCUACACGCUCACAACCCCAGGUUGUGCAACAAAUCCGCCAGCAAACACAGACCCCAGCGCAAGCACAGCACUCCCAACAACAUUCCCAACAGCAGCAGCCCCAGCAGCAGCUUCCUAUCACAACUAACGCUGAGGGGGUCCCUAUGACAAAGCUGAUGUACAACAACGAGGUGAUAUUCAAUCCGGAGGAUGGCCCAAUCCCCGGCACUGCCGCUUGGAAGAAGGCAAGGCUACUGGAACGUAACAGAAUAGCAGCAUCCAAAUGUCGACAGAGAAAGAAAGCUGCGCAGAACCAACUAAAGGAGAACGUUGAGAAGUAUGCCAAGGAGCUGGAAGAUUUAACCAAUGAAAACGAGGAUCUCCGUGCGAAAUUGGCUGCUAUUCGUGAACUGGCAGAAAGAGAAGGCCUUUCGAACAUUUUGGAUUUGUGUUGAUGGAAGCCAUUUUGUGUAAUUUGUUGAUGUAAACAAACAAAAUGUAAACAAACCUUCCAACAUCAACAACAAAGCGAACAGAACGUUGACUACAACAACGGAAACACAGAUUUCUCAAGGGCGCUUAAGUGUUAAAAGGACCAGUGAGACAAAAGAGGGUGGUAAGGUGUAUAAAGAUGGAUGAUUUAGUUCUUGUGAGUGGUAUUUUGCCUUGCGGUGUUAUUUAUGUUAUUUGCUUCCUGUAUCGUCUCAUUCUCUGUGACUUGUUUGUCCGUAGUUACUAACGGCGUGUAUAGGCGAUUGCACUUAUCAAGUUGAAGAACUCGAUGAAGUUACGUUCGGUCAGCGAGUUGUUUCAAAAACGGUCCCUUGAUGCCAUUCUUGGAGCCCUUGAAGGCGGUGAUGAAGGCGUAUCAGGCACUGACAUUUGCUUUGCAAAAGUUCACCAGCAAGUUGAGUCGUUGACAUCCCAAGAGAAGGA